AUGAGACAACUCUUGGAUCUUUGCAUUCUGCGACCGAAGCCCGAGCCCACAGAAACAAAGUCGUUCCCGGCAUUUCCUAAGGGGGAGGAGAUCGGUGCCUCGCUGGAUCAUCUGGAAAAUGGCCCACAGGAUCCAAAGGCGUGGUGUACUUCCGACGUUUCAUUCAAAACCGAGCAAGACGCCUCUGGGAACUCGUUGGACCAGCAUUGCGCACCGACGGUCGAGGAAGUACGGGUACCUACUAGUUCUAAACGAGAUCAGCAAUCGCACACAUGUAGCUAUUGUGGUAAAUCGUUUUCCCGACCACGUAAUCUGCGAACGCACGUCCGUCGUAUUCAUUUGAGUCAACAUCGGUUUACAUGUGAAUACUGUGAGAAAUCGUUUGCUCAAAAUGGCAGUUUGCGCUCUCACCUCAGAUCUGUUCAUUUGCAUCAACGCCCCCAUACAUGUGAGGUUUGUGAGAAAUCGUUUACUCGUAGCGACCAUUUAAAUUUACACCGGAGAUCUGUUCAUUGGCAUCAACGGCCUCACACAUGCGAGCUCUGUCAGAAAUCUUAUGCUCAGAAAGGGUAUUUGCAAGAACACAUCAGAACUGUUCAUCUGAAUCAGCGCCCCCAUACAUGUGAGUUUUGUGCGAAGGCAUUCUCUCGUAGCACCCACUUACAAUUGCACAUCAGGCGUGUUCAUUUGCAUCUACGCCCCCAUCAUUGCGAUCGGUGUUAUAAAUCGUUUUCCGAUAAAAGCAGUUUGCGAGAGCAUGUCAAAGCUAUUCAUUUGGAGAAAUCAACGGACGAAACCCUGCUUACCCGGUGAACAAGCGUGCUGUCCAUGAUGGUGAAAAUCCCUUGCUUCGCAUUUGGCUCACACUAACUCGUGUUCCUUAUUUUGUUACAAGUUUGCCUUUCUGUACAGAUCUGUUUUUUGCUUGUGAAUAAGCCCUUUUGCGAUAUUCAAAUCAAUUUGUUGAUCAACAGCAGAGUGCCAACCUCUACCGUAUGAGUUCCCUCGUCAGAACCCGUCAUAUUUGUACAUUGUUGCAUCAUGCGCCAAUUUAAGGGGAUUUCCCACUCUAACAUCUGUCAAAUUCCGUUGUCUGCGUAUUACCGCACAGUCGUUG